AUGGUCUGUGAUUCCGCGAAUGACAGAGUUCAGAUAUUGGAACUGAGUGGAGAGUUCAUUACAGAGUUUGGACUUAUGAGCGAUAGGAUUGAAAAUUAUGUUGGACCAAUCUAUACCGCUGUCCUGACUGAUGGUAGGAUAGUACUAGUGUCUAAUUAUUGUGACGACUGCAUCAAGAUAAUUGAAUAAAUACCCUAUAAAAUUGAUAACUUAGGAUGCGCCGGUCAAUACCUGCAAUAUUGUAUACACUUUAUUUCAUAACAUCCCUAAUUUGUUAUCAGCAAUAAAACCAUACCACAGUUAUUUACACACUUGUUCUUCUUGAGAUUAUUUAGUAUACAUAGUUUAUCUCGUAGUUAGAUCUCUUAGUCUAUUUGUCUUUCAAAGAUAGUCUGAUAUACAAUCAACUUCCUUUAUAGCGGAGACUGUGGGGACCUUGAGUCAGAGUGACCUCAUUAGCGAGAAUCCGUAAUAUAUAGAUUUAGCCAGGGCUAAAAGCGAGGCUCCCAUUAAUAAAUUUAUAAUUUAAAUCAAAUAAUAAACUUGUAUUCCACAAUUCAGUUAACUUUAGAGCACAUUCGUGUGACUUUUCAGGGAAAGGCUAAGUGAUUUUACAAAACACAAUUUGCAAACAGCCCAAGAGUGAACCAAAUCUCACAUCGAGUUGAUAGCCUCAUAAGUACACUCAAAAACUGGCAAUCAUCUUCGAUCACAUUUAUUAAGAGCCAUAUUGGCUCUUGAUCACCGUAGAUUAAUUAGGCCUGGAAAAAAAAUUCCGGCCGAAUUUUUUGCGUUCGACAAGUUUAUUUUACAAAAUCUUGCCAACAAAUCUGGGUGCGUGUAAACCAACCUAUUAUAUCAUUUAUACAUCACAUCUGAGGUGAAACAGUACUAUGAGGCACUGUUUCUAUCAUACAGACCUCGGACAACAGAAUGCAGUAUUUCACAAUAUUGCGAUACAAAUUGUUAUUCAGGACGAUCGAAGCACACGUGGGCUUUAGCCGUAAACCGUUGAAAAAAAUUUCAAAAUCAUCUCUACGGCAGGCCGGUUCUGACUUUUACAGUGCUAGCAGUGGCGAGUGUUUGAAUGAACAUUAACAGAGUUACGCUCCAACAUAAUAAAGAAUUUAUUAUGUUUAUUUUUUUAUUUCAAAACGGUUUAACGCGCGGCAUUUUGAGUACUCCGGGCAGCGUUGUUUACUGAACGACUGAAAACAAUCGGCACAACGAUUAAAAUUACAAGAGAGAGUACUAACAAUCAAUAAAAGAAAUAUAAUUCGGUGAAACAUAUACAGAGACGACAAUUUUCAUUCAGGAAGACAAGUAUUAAAGUGUCUCUAAAAAUCGUACGUACGUACUUACGCUCGGUCAAUCACGUGACAACCAAAGGAAAAGAGGUUGACCAUAAUCUAUGGGUAUGGGGCUCUUUCCCACGCGCGCUUCGCGCGCGUGGGAGCCCCGCUAAUAGCUGAAGUGUAUUGCAAUCAAACAUCUCUAAUAUAUUUUAAGAGGGGAUUUAGCUGCUGUCCGUAUUGUCAGGGUGUCCCCAAGGCGAGAGUUGAUUGUAGUGCAUACCACGCGAGCGGAUCAUAGUUCCGUUGAUUGCCCCCGGGGGGCAUGUUACCGAUGUUAUUUCACUGGCUUGGAGACUGCUUGUAGUAUGCUAAAAGAGUAGAAGCCGACUGCAGAAACUGUUCAAUUUGUAUUUCGUGAGAAACAGGCUCUGUUGUCUGUGUAACAACCCUUGUUGGAUUUCGGAUUUUGUAUAAUCAACAUGUACCUAUUGAUUUUUUUUUGACACCUCUAUGCCACGCAUGCUGAAUCUGAUUCUACCGAGGCUACUGAUGAUAGCCUUACUAACCCUCCAUUAAGGGAUAAGGCGAAUAAACCAAAGAGGAAUGCCAGCCGAAGGAAAACGGAUGAUUUGGCCUAACGAACAUUAGACCCUUGUGUUGGGAGUUUGUGAAGCAUAUCUCACGUUGCCUUCUUAAGCGAGGAAUAGGUAGGAGCUACCACCAGGAGCAGGGGGGGGGUGUUGGGGAGAGGUUAGAUACUGCUUGCGCAAAACUUUGCUACUACGCCGCUAACUCAAAACUCUAUUGUCAUCAUACUGCUAAUAGUAAAGAAAAACGAAAAUGUUUCCCAUAUGCUUGCUGCCAUGGAGCAUAAUUUUCGGUAGUUUCCAUAACCGAAGCUUGGAUACGAAGCUCAGAUUGUAGUGAACUUAUCUGCCAGGGUAUAAAUUUGUUAGCAAUCACCGUAGCGACAGAGCCGGUCGUCGGGGGAGGGGUUGGCAUGUAUUCUGACCAAGAUUUGAGCUUUAAAAUCUUGACGGAGCAUAAGUCACAUGAUACAAGUGUUUUUAAAUCACUAUUCGUAGAGAUUUGUUUGAAUAAUGAAAAUAAAUUAACUUUCUUGGAAAAAUUUGAUGAACCAUUAUCCAAAUUAACUAGAAAUGAGAAAAUAUGUUACAUCUGCGGUGAUUUUAACUUAACAUAUUGCAAUUUAAAAACAACUCCAUUACUGCACAGUUCUAGUAUAGGCGAGGGUCGGGAACCGAAGAAGGGAACGAGAGAAGACCCUAGGGAAUCAAUUGUUUGAUCAGCAAAGAUAGCAAGGAAAUCUUCAGGAACGAAUUGCUGCCAUGAAAAAUACACUGUAAGAGUUUCAAGAAUUUUAAAACAUGGCUUACAGGUGAGUGAACAACCAGCGAUGGUUGAUGAAGUUUUGUUGUUAUUGUUCGAUGAUGAUGAUGAUGACGAUUAUCAUGAAUGAUGGUCAUAUUAUAAGUACGAUAGUGACAAAUGAUAUUGUCUACUAUCAGCGCUCCCUACAAAAGCCAAAAAAGAACUGCUAAUCGUAGGUAACAAGCGACAAUGACUAUUUUUUAAUCAAAAUGCGUUGUUUGUGAUCACGUUUGCCUGGCCCCUUUUCCAUUGCAUUAUUCGAAGACGUUAUUUUUUUUUCUUUUAAAAUGUCAUGACUUAGUUGUUGUUUUGUUCGGAAGAGCGACAUUUUCACUCAUGCAUUUGGGUAACUGAAUUGAGAUGAUUAAACAUUGAUUGUCAUCACUUAGAAUGUGGUUUGUUUUUUAUCUAGUUGAACGAAGAAGUUACAGAGAUGGCGCAAAGAAUAAAACAAAAUCGACCACUUGUUGAAGAAGUAGCAGUAUGCAUCCGCGAACUUAUUUACAAAUCUGCAUUAGGAUCUUUUACCUAGCUAGUCGCCGCUUAUAUCAGGUCAGCAAUCGUACUGAGAUAAACGCUCAUUCACAAGGAGAUUAAUUGUGGUGGGUUUCCUUUCUGGUGGCCGGUCGAUGGAGCGGGUCAUCUGUCGCAGACGUUCGCAACAGAAUUGGCGAGGACGUCUUUUCUUGUGGUCUGUACGGCGGGAACAAUUGGCAGGUAUUCUCGGUUUUCACUGUCACGCAAUCAAAAAUAAAAUUGCAAACCAUUCAAUACAGAAAGUCCCGAAUCUAGGAAAUAAAAGAAGAUAAAUAAGCAAAAGGCCUCGCCAAGAAUCAGGUCUGUGCGAUAUUUCAUAUGCGAGAUAUUAGGAAAAACGUUUUACCCAAAUUUACAAAGCUUUGUAUGGCGACGCCAUGUUUGUGUCCCUUUGCGGGGCACAAAUAUGGCCGCCGGAAACCAACAGAAACAUCUGUUUUUGAUUUUUCCUACUAAUGCGUUAAUUCAUCGCUUGAAAAACUCAUAAACUAUUAAAGUGAUAUUUAUUCUGAGACAAAGAAUGUUUAGACAGCAAAAUCUCCCAAAAUUGGUAAUGUUUUUAACCCACAUAAGAGCCGUUGUGGCCGCCAGCUAAAUGCCGCGUCACGCAAAAGCCUAGAAAUUCAAACGUCCUCUAUCGCAAAACGAAGAACCCUUUCGAACCAAAACUCUUUUUAAAUAAAGGUGUUUUGGUGCUGUAAUACCUCAUGAAACUCAGAAACUCAGAAGAAUCGAUAGUUUCUUAGUUUGAAUUUUGGUGACGUCAUGUGAAAACCGAGAAUAGAUAGGAAAGAACUGUUAAAGGACGUUUUUGUCUGUCUUACUCCUUUUGGUGGUGGACAUCGUUUUUGGCUCUCAACUUGAACAUGCCCAUGUCCUCGCAGCUAUAGAAAUAAAGUUCACUACAGUUAAGUGUUAACUGGGAAACCCUCGUGUUGCGAACACCGCUUUUAAUGCGCGACCCCCAGUUUAUUUGCAGGGGAGAAGGGUGGGGGUGGAAAUGCUGCUGAGAGGCUAGGACAUUGUAUUUUGAAUAUUUAAAUUAUGUUCUUGUAAUUAGUCACUCCGAACUUAACAUCGUACAAUCCUUGCAUCGAUACAUUCUUUGUAAGUUUGAAAAGAUAUAUUAAAUAGUAAAUAAUUAUCUUAAACGCCUGGUUGGACUUAAUAUAAUUUAUUAAAAGCAGGGCUAAACCUGUGCUCGGUAUUCAGCCAUUUAUUAGAAAAUCGAGUAGAGGGAAAAUUAGGAAAACUGCGCAAUUUAGCUAAUAGUUACUUUUUUUUUUUUAGUUAUUGAUAGCAACAAUUUUCAAGGCAUCCCGACAUUUGGGGGUCAAGGGCUUUAAUCUCAAUUCCUAGAAAAAUCGGAAGUCCUUUCUCAGAAAACAUGUUAAACAAUGCCUUAUGAUUGGUCCAUGUUGUCUGUUGCCUGAGGGACAAAGGGGGAAUUAACAUGAUAUCCUCUUCGAAAAUAUGAUCAAUAUAUUUAUACUUCAACCCUUUGGGGGCGCUCAAACCUUGUUGAUUCCCUUUGCCAACUUUGCAGAUUCGGUUAUGGAUUUACAAACCUUACUACACAACCUACAUGAAGAAGUAUCCUGUUCUGUGUGUAUGAGCCCGUUCACUGAUCCAAAAAUAUUGCCGUGUUUUCAUACAUUUUGCCUUCGUUGUUUGAACGAGCUUCAGCGAACGAAUGGCAAACUUGGCGAGAUUACCUGCCCGGAAUGUGGCAGAACGUUCCAAGUUACUGGAAGUGGAUAUCCUGAAGACUUGCCGGCCAAUUUUCGAAUGAAUAGUUUGUCGGAUGUCAUGGCUAUUCAAAAAUGCAACAUCGCUGGAGUGAAGUGUGGAAACUGCGAAAAAACAAGCGCCCAAAGUUUCUAUUGCUUUAAAUGUUGCGCCUUCUGGUGCGACGAUUGCAUUGCAGCUCAUAACAUUAUCCGAGUCAAUAAAGACCACAAAGUGCUGGCGAUUAAGGAUUUUCAAGAUCAAGACAUUGAAGACGUGUUAAGGAGGCCAGUAUUUUGCCAAAAGGAACAUCAUGAAAACAAAAAGCUAAAGUUCUUUUGCAAGGACUGUGAAGUUGCCAUUUGUAACACUUGUGUUGUAACACUUCACGAAGGUCACGUCAAAGUGCCUUUGCAAGAUGCUGCCAAUGAACGAAAAUUACGUUUGGAGUCCGUGUUAGAGUCUCAGAAGGUGAAGGCGCUUCGGAAAAGAAAUAUGAUAACUAGACUACAAAGUGAGUGCAAUGAAAUUAAAGAACAGGUCGCUUGCGUGAAAAAAAGCGCACAGAAUCUGGUUGACAAUUUGAUGAGAGUCAUUGAAGCGAAGAAACAAGAAAUUUUUAAAGAGGUGGACGACAAAGCUCAACAGUCCAUCGAGCGUCUUGUAGAGCAACAGUCGGACGUAGAAAACGAAUUACAGCGGAUUGAGACUUCAAUUGAAAAAACCGAAACUUUCCUAAAGCGUAGCACUAAUGCUGAGAUUGUGCACUUUAAUAACACAUUAUUUCAAGAGGAAGUCACUGACGAGGCAGAACUAGUCGUCUGUGACCGUAAGGAUCUUUGCCACUUUGUAUUUUUUGCAAACAAAUCAUUGAUGGCAAAAGCAAACAGUGACGGUGUUGGUUCUUUGAAACAAAUCAUCAGUCAGACUAAAUCCAGCAACUCAAAAGCGGAAGGGGAAGGAAUCUUUGACGUGACUGUUGGACUUGAGGCACAGUUUGUUUUAACAACACGAAACGCUGAGAAUGAACAAUGCUACGAACAGUGUGAUAUCGUUACAGUGGAAAACAGAAAUGAUGACGGCCGUGAAUGUGCCACUGAAACGCAAGUCCAAGAUAACAAAGAUGGCAGCUACAAUAUCAACUACUUUGCCAAAGAAGCAGGAACAUGCCACACAUCAGUGAUGAUAAAUGGAGAACAUGUUAGUGGCAGUCCAUUCACUGUUCAAGUCAAACCCAGACAAUUCAAACCUGUGUUGUCAUUUGGAGGAAAAGGGUCAUCUGCUGGAAUGUUUGAUAGACCUUGUGGUGUGGCGGUGAAUGAACGUAAUGAAAUUGCAGUAACUGAUAUUAGAAAUCAGCGGGUUCAGAUAUUUAGUAGUGAUGGAACUCACUUAAGGUCUUUUGGCAGUAAGGGUGAUCAAGAGGGAGAGUUUUUUCAACCUACUGGUAUAGCUUAUUUAAAUAAUGGGAACAUUGUAGUAGCUGACAGUGAAAACAACCGACUGCAAAUAUUCACUGGGCAGGGGGACUACCUUACUCAAAUUGGAGGUGAUGGAAAUCUUGAUCAUCAGUUUAAUUAUCCAUGGGGUUUAUCUGUAGACAGUGAUGGUAAUAUUAUUGUUGCUGAUUCAGAUAACAAAUUGAUCAAGAUCUUCACUCCAAGCGGCCAGUUUCUUAGAAAGUUUGGCGGAGAAGAUUUAUUAAUUUAUCCCCUUCACUGUAUUCAGAAGGAUCAAUUUUUCAUAGUAUCAGAUGAUGAUGAUCACAGUAUAAAAGUGUUUAAUACAGACGGUGAUUUUCUGUAUAAAUUCGGGAAUGAAGGGAAAGGGGAUGGGGAAUUCAAUAAUCCCCGUUUCUUGUCAGUUGACAAGGCAGGGCACCUGAUGGUAUGUGAUUAUGGAAAUAACAGAGUUCAGGUGUUGGAAUUAAAUGGAAAGUUCAUAACAAAGUUUAAACUAAGGAGUGGGGGAUUACCAGUCUCUACCGCAAUUCUGUCUGAUGGUAGGAUAGUAGUGUCUUGUUAUAGAGACAGUUGCAUUCAGAUAAUUAAAUAA